AACCACUGUCGCGAUCCAAACUAAAAGAACCGCUCUACCAAAAACCAAACAAACUCUUCAAUAUUUCAAAACUCCUUCUUUCACAAGUGGAAAGCGCGAAACAACAACUACAACACCACUGCAAAAACCCUAGCAAGCGUAUUCAGAGACGCGAAGCACCGCACGCAGAGCCACCACUCAGCAACUCUCCACAACAACAACUGCCGCUCCGCCACCGGACCGCCCAGAAGCAGCCUCCGACCUGCAGAGACAAUCGCACCCGCUCAACAUCAACAUCACCAAAUCGUCAUUGCAUCCUCAUCAAUCAAACUGAACUGAAGUAACGCAUCUGCUUCAUCUUCGCAAAGUUCUUCGAUUAGAAGUGGAGGCGAGAGAGGAAAGGCAAAUCUGAAAAAAGGAAAAUCGAAGUGCUUAGCACCAGGAAAGCUUAUUGAUCAUCGGAAUAGCAUGUUUCACAGGAAAUCUACAUUUGUUCAGUCAUCACCGGCUACUACAGCACCGACUCCAUCAACAGUUCAGACUCCAUCGACGGCUCCGGCUCUAUCGCCGGCUCCGACUCCUUUGCCUGCACGGGCUGCACCGGUGUUGCGGACUGCACCGAUGUCGCGGGCUACAGCAAUGACGCGGGCUGCACCACUGUCGAAGUUCAGCAAGAGGAGGAGCAGUCCACACCUCAGGCCAAUCGAAGUUCAGCAAGAGGAGGAGAAGUCCACACCUCAGGCCACCCAUGAACUUCAGAGGGAUGUGCGCCGUGAUGAGUUAUUUUUAAAGACCCAUAAGAGGAAAAAUGGUGAAUGGGUUGAUCAUCGUGCUGAGGCUAAAAACAAUGUUUCUAGUAGUGUUAGGUGACGAACGUUAGACAACAAGAGAAGCUUAAGUAUCCUCCCCCUCCUUUGAGUACUAUUGAGCUUGAGAAACGGGCUUCACGAUACUUUUAGAUGAGCUCUGAGCACACAAUGAAGGUUAGUAAAUGUUGAUAAUCCAUUUAUUUCAUCGUUCGUGUUGUAGUUAUAACUUAUAAGUAAUGUGCAUUUAAGUCUACAACUUAUUCUGGAUGCUUUAUGUUGUUCAAAGUAGACUAAUUUCACAAUUUUGAAUAUAUAAAAUUAAGUAAUGCAUUUGUAGACGAUGCCAAAGAAAAAUUCCAAAAAAACUUAUGACUUAAUGAAUCCGUAACUACGUUUGCAUGCAAAUGUACCAUGCAAGAGGUGCAUUUUGUUCACCAGAUUUUCUAAUUGCUUUUAUGCCAUUGUAUUUAUUCAUUGGACAAUUGUUUUCUAUUUACCUUUUGUUCUGGUCUGGGCCGAGCAGGCCCAACCCUUGUUACCAGCCGAGCAGGCCCAAUCCCUUGGGCCCAAUUACUGGACAACAGAUAAGGGCUGCCCUUCGCGAAGACUCUGGCCGAGCAGGCCCAAACCUUUGGGCCCACUUACUGGAUAACCGUCAAGGAGUUAUCCACGCACGAAGACCACGCGUCACGUCUCAGCGAAGGAUUCGAUCAACCAUCUCCGAACCC